CCCCGGCCAUAUAUACAAAUGGCGGCAUCUCCGUUUUGUUGUCGAAUUUAGUCCCCGGUGAGUUUUUCUAGGAUUUUCCUUGAGAAAUAAGGGAUUAUGGAGAGGAGAAGAGUUCACGCUGGUCCAAUUAAUCGGCGACUCUAUGACUUAUUGGUAAAAUGUGUUAAAUCUAAAAAGAAGUGUGGGAGUGAUGAAGUUUUUUAUCCGAGCGACGAAGAACUGAAAGAAUCCGGUGUUUUCCCAAGACCACGCGAUGGAUCCUCUAGGAGCGAGAAAUUCAAACAGUGGGCCGAUAGGAUGGACUUGAAGAUGGAUAAAGUCACUAAAGCAGACGCUUUAGUGCACAAGUUUACCGGGAAACUUAUAGUUCCGGUUGAGGAGUUUGAAAAUAUCAUAAUGAAAGUUCAUGUAGGAGAGAAUGAAAAGCACAACGAUUUGAGAACUACGAUAAAUUUAUUGAUUCGAAAUAAUUAUGCUAUGGGUAACCAGCACUUUGGCCUGAAUAAGGCAGUGAUUGCCUAUGUGGUCGACAGCUGUCAAAAGUGUGGUUUGGACAGUCAUACAAGUAACGAGAACUCCAGUCCAGAUGUGAUUGUGACUCCAGAACUGCCUGUGAUCCCAAAUGGCGCUGUCAAGGCUAUACCUUCAUCUCCCUCCAUGGUGGCUCACAAACCUGAUUCCACUUGUGUCUGGUUUGACAAGUCAGCAAUGGCAAAUAAUCAGGGGCUGUACCCCAGGCUUCAGACUCUUAUAACAGAGUUACGCGGAGAGUUUGCUUUGCUGUUGGGUGGAAACAGAGAAGCAAAAGACAGAUUAAUAAUGAAAAUUUUCAGACUUCUAGAUCACAUAUCAAAGCAUAAAGACUCUUUAUAUAAAUCCUACCAAAUGGAAGGCCCUUACGAUCAAACCUUCCAUGAACAAGUUAAGGAAUUCGUCUCUCACUACCAAUCAGAAGGGAAAACAAAUGAACAAUGUGUUAAAGACACAAGACUGUUAGUGGGUGCUUACAAAGAUGCAGGCUACAAUAACUUUUUUGUUCAAAGCUUAGAGGCAUCAAUAUGUUUGGCGAUAAAUCCAGUGGCGAGUUUAACACCCGACAGAGUCUUGUAUCUAGGAGAUGGACAGACUUUGAAUUUCAGAGAAGGGAUGUCUGGGACCUGACACAUAGGGAUAGCAAAUAGAAAAUAUAGUUGAUAAUAAAUGCUGGGCUGGGGUUAGUUUUAGUAUUUCCUGAUGUUAAUUUGUUUAAUGGUUUAGGCGUUCCAGUUGACAGGAGUAAUAUCUAUUUUGUUUCUGUUGAUGCUUAUAAAAAGUAUCUAUUUUUAGGUCUAUUGUGUAUCUUAGCUUUAGCCUGACAAGAAACUGUAUGGGAGCGUAAAAUGUGCCUGUUUAUUUUUCAAUAAGACUAUUUAUUAAAGCAUGGAUUUUAGCUCUUA